UCACACUAAUUAACUAUGAACUGAAUUUACUGUCAUUGUCGAAAUUUUUUUACUACACAAAAUAUAGUUAUUUGUUUGGUCAAUAAAUACAAUGUUCUGUAGCGUUAGUAUAUAGGGAGCUUCAGUGGAAUUAACAUGGACAAUUUGAACCUAUAUGAGGUGCUAGGAGUGGCUCCGGAUGCAACGGAUGACGAGAUUAAAAAGAACUAUCGCAGAUUGGCCAAAGAAUUUCAUCCAGAUAAAAAUCCCGAGGCUGGUGACAAGUUCAAGGAGAUAGCUUUUGCCUAUGAGGUGCUGUCCGAUCCGGAGAAACGUCGCGUAUACGACCGUCAUGGCUUGAAGGGACUUCAGGAUGGUGCCGAAGGUUUCGCCGAUGCCUCCGAUCUCUUGAGCCAAUGGUUUCCAUUUGGCGGGGCCAGCGGUGGUCGCCCCAGGCGUGAGGGAAAAGUUGUCAUCAAACUGGAGCUAACGCUGGAGGAGAUUUAUGUGGGUGGCAUGAAGAAAACAGUGGACUACAAUCGCCAGAAGCUGUGUGACAAAUGCAACGGCGAUGGUGGGCCCCAGGACGCACAUGAGAGCUGUGAGGCUUGUGGCGGUGUCGGACGAGCUGCUGCUUUUACCUUCAUGGGUCUAAGCCCUUUCGAUGCGACCUGCCCGGCAUGCGAUGGACGUGGUUUUACCAUCAAGGACAACAGGAAAUGCAGCCCAUGUCGUGGCAGUGGCUUUGUGGAUGAGAAAAUAAAACGAGAUCUGAUUGUGGAACGUGGUGCUCCUCACAUGCUGAAGGUGCCCUUCACCAAGGAGGGACAUCAGAUGCGUGGCGGCGAUUAUGGCGAUCUGAUUGUUGUGCUCGCCCAGCAAGACCAUUCAACCUUUCAGCGACGUCACGCCAAUCUCUAUAUGAGAGACCUGGAGAUCAACAUAACCGAGGCUCUCUGCGGCUAUACGCAUUGCUUCAAUCACUUGGAUGGCCGGAGCGUAUGUCUGCGCACCCAACCUGGGGAGGUGCUGCAGCACAAUCAGAUCAAGAUGCUGCGUGGGGGUGGCAUGCCCGUUUUCAAUUCGCCCUCGGACACGGGUGAUCUUUAUAUGAAGUUUAAGGUUGUUUUCCCUGAAAAUGAUUUUGCCACGCCAGCGCAGAUGGCUCAGCUGGAGGAAGUGCUGCCGCCCAGGGAACGCAUCGUCAUUCCAGAGGGGGCCGAGGAGGUUGCGAUGACCGACUACAAGCCCCAAGCGCGUCCAAAUACCCACAGGGAUGAUGACGAGCAUGGACAUUCGCCCCACUUUGAGAGCGUCCAGUGCCAGACGGCUUAGUUGUUGUGGUUAUGGCUACUGCAGGCUCUAUACUUUUGCUUGGAUCUUUGGCAGCUUCUAUUCACGCUCAGCGUGGACGAGAUCUGCUUCCUGUUGCCGCUAGUCGUCUUAAUAUGCAUAGUAUUAUUUAUCAUACAGGAAUGUUUGCUGUGAAAAGCUGCGUGAUCAAAAUUUGUAGUAUAUGUCCGCCAAUCGAGACUAAGCUUAGCUGGAUAGGAUGGAUCGCGUUCAUUAAUCCCACUAAAUUAUCGUAUGGCUUACACUCUCUAAACCUAAACUAUUUGUUUUUUUUUCGAAACUAAACAUUUACCUUACCAAAUACACAUUUAUCUCACUGUAGAAAUGAUAAACCAAAA